AUGCCACCCAUCGCAAAAUUCAACACCUUGGAGCGUGAGAGGAUUUUCAAAAAUCCUUCGGACAAGUCCUUCCAGACCCCUGCCUUGCAGGAGCUCGUCGCUCCCCAUAUCGAGGCUUUCAACUCUCUUAUGGAGUUCGGCAAGGGCUCCAAGUCUGGUCUUUUGGAUUUGGCAAUCCAGGAUAUUGGACCCAAGGCGGUCUUUGACAUGGCCGGCGGCGGACUCGGAAACAAGUUGACUUUCUGGGUUGACGAGGUCACAUUGAAUAAGCCUAUGCUUUCAGAAAAGGAGCGCCACUCAACAACGCGCCAGAUCUACCCUACAGAGGCAAGAGAACGUUUGAACACAUACAGAGGAAAGCUCCAGGCCAAGCUCGCCUGGCGCGUCAACGAUGGACCCGUUGUUGUGGAGACUCGCGAUAUGGGUCUUGUCCCUGUCAUGAUCCGCUCGAACCGGUGUAACCUGGAGGGCGCUUUCCCAAAGGAACUCAUUAAGCACCACGAGGAGUCAGAGGAGUUUGGAGGAUACUUCUUGGUCAACGGUAUCGAAAAGUUGAUUCGUCUUUUGAUUGUGCCACGACGCAACCACGUUAUUGCCUUGAUCCGAUCCAGUUUCACCAACCGCGGACCUACCUACUCCACCUUCGGUACCGCCAUUCGCUGCGCCCGCCCUGAUCAGACUUCACAAACAAACACUGUCCACUACCUUACCGACGGAGGCAGCAUGUUGCGUUUCGCAUGGAGGAAGCAGGAGUACUUGGUCCCCACUAUGCUUAUCCUCAAGGCUUUGAUUGAUACUUCAGACAAGGAGAUUUUCGACGCCGUCAUGUUGGGCGACUUGGAGAACACCUUCUUGACGGAUCGCGUGGAACUCAUGUUGCGCAGCUUCAAGGAAUACAACCUUUACACCCGCGAGCAGUGCCUGGCGUAUUUGGGAGACAAGUUCAGAGUCGUCAUGAACUUCCCUGAGGAUUACAGCGAUGUCGAGGUUGGAGAGGGACUUUUGCGCAAGAUUGUCCUCGUUCACUUGAAGAGCAACCGCGACAAGUUCAACCUCUUGAUCUUUAUGAUCCGCAAAGUGUAUGCCCUGGUCGCUGGCGAGUGCUCUCCUGACAACCCCGAUUCUCCUCAGCAUCAGGAGGUCCUUCUCGGAGGUCACUUGUACGGAUCUAUUAUCAAGGAAAAGAUCGAGGAUUGGUUGAACGGUAUCAGAGCUCAGAUCAACCAGGACGUGCGUCGCAAGGUCGCCGGAGUCGAUUUCAUGAACAACCAAUAUUUCACAAAGACACUCCAAAAGACUUCAGGACUCCAGGAUGUCGGAUCUAAAAUGUCCUAUUUCCUUGCCACAGGAAACCUGGUGUCCAACACUGGUUUGGAUUUGCAGCAGGCUACCGGUUACACCAUCGUUGCCGAGAAGCUGAACUUUUAUCGUUUCCUGGCCCAUUUCCGUUGUAUCCAUCGUGGUUCCUUCUUCGCCGAGUUGAAGACGACAACUGUUCGUAAGCUGCUCCCCGAGGCCUGGGGAUUCCUCUGCCCUGUCCACACUCCUGAUGGUUCUCCUUGUGGUCUUUUGAACCAUUUGUCACACACCUGCAAAGUUAUUACCGAGCCCGCCGAUGUCUCGCGCGUCCCCGCCAUCCUCGCCUCCCUCGGUGUCUCUCAGACUUUGGUCCCUGCCCGUGGCCAAAGGACGAUCGUUGUUCAAUUGGAUGGUCGUAUUGUUGGAUACUGCUCUUCUGAGGAGGCCAAGAAGGUCGCUGAUGCCCUCCGCCACUACAAGGUCUCCGGAACCCAUCAAGGCGCCAUCCCUCUGGAUGUCGAGUUGGGUUACGUUCCCAUCUCCCAGGGCGGUCAAUAUCCCGGUCUCUACAUCUUCUCCUCGCCAGCACGUAUGAUGCGUCCUGUUCGCUACCUAGCCAACGGCAAGACUGACAUGGUCGGAUCCUUCGAGCAGGUUUACAUGGAGAUUGCCUGCAUGGAUGACGAGAUCCGUCCUGGCGAGAGCACCCAUCAAGAGCUCGCCCCCACAAGCAUGCUCAGUAUCUUGGCCAACUUGACUCCUUUCUCCGACUUCAACCAGUCGCCCCGUAACAUGUACCAGUGUCAGAUGGGUAAACAGAGUAUGGGAACCCCUGCCACCGCCAUCAAGUACCGUACCGACAACAAGAUGUACCGCCUUCAGACCGGUCAGACUCCUAUUGUCCGUCCUGCCCUUAACGACACCUACGGUAUUGAUGGCUUCCCCAACGGAAUGAAUGCCGUUGUUGCCGUCAUCUCCUACACCGGUUACGAUAUGGAAGAUGCCAUGAUCCUGAACAAGUCGUCGCACGAGCGUGGUUUCGGUUAUGGUACUAUCUACAAGUCUGAGAUUGUCGAUUUGGGCGACUUUAGGGUCCGUGGUGAGCCUGUUCUCCACCACUUUGGUUUGGGAUUGGAUGCUCCUCGGUCCUGGAGAGAGAAGUUGGACAACGACGGUCUGCCCUGCAUCGGAGUGACCUUGAAGGAGGGUGAUCCCAUCUGCGCCUACAUCGACGACACCACCGGAAAGACUUCGAUCAAGAAGUACAAGGGUAUGGAGGAUGGUAUUGUUGACGAUGUUCGUCUCUUGGGUUCGGACAACGGUGACGCUGAGCUCCAGAAGAUCCACAUCAAGUUCCGUAUCACCCGUUCUCCCAUUAUCGGAGACAAGUUCUCGUCUCGUCACGGACAGAAAGGUGUUUGCUCCCAAAAGUGGCCCUCGAUCGACAUGCCCUUCUCGGAGUCUGGUAUCCAGCCUGAUGUCAUCAUCAACCCUCACGCUUUCCCCUCUCGUAUGACCAUCGGAAUGUUUGUCGAGAGUUUGGCAGGAAAGAGUGGAGCUCUUCACGGAAUCGCUCAGGAUGCUACGCCCUUUACCUUCAACGAGACUUUUACUGCAGCCGAUUACUUUGGUGAGCAGCUCAAGUCUGCUGGAUACAACUACCACGGAAACGAGCCCAUGUACAGUGGUAUUACUGGACAGGAGUUCAAGGUCGACAUCUACCUCGGAGUCGUUUACUAUCAACGUCUUCGUCACAUGGUUGCUGACAAGUAUCAGGUGCGUACGACUGGACCAGUGCACAACCUAACGAUGCAGCCUGUCAAGGGUCGUAAGCGUGCUGGAGGUAUUCGUUUCGGAGAGAUGGAGCGUGAUUCGCUUCUGGCUCACGGAGUGUCGUACUUACUUCAGGACCGUCUGAUGAACUGUUCGGACUAUUCGCUCUGCAAUAUCUGCACAAAGUGUGGAAGCAUUACUUCGCCUAUCUCGACCCAUGCCUCGGCUGCGUUAUCGGGCGUCCGGGAGAUUGAGUGCCGAACCUGUCAAACGUCGUCGGCAAUUGAUCAGAUUGCACUUCCAUAUGUCUUCAGAUACCUUGCCACCGAGCUCAUGAGCAUGGGUAUCAAGGUGACAUUGAAGACGCAACCAUAG